CAUCUCGGUCCGUGCGGCGCGAGGGGAGAACACAUCCGACGUGUGCACCUGGGGGGGCGAGCUCGUUCGUGCACGGGCAGCCCCUUUCACGCGCGCGGACGGCCGCGGGGAAGAGGCAGUCGUUUUUCCCGGCCGCGAGGCGCGUGUUUUCCGUCCGUCCUGAUGGAGGAAGCCUGUGAGGUCUGGCCAAGAGGCGGCGGAGGAGGAGGAGGAGGAGGAGGAAGAGGAAGAGGAGACGGCGGCAUGCGGAGAAGUGGAUGCUCAGUCCACCGUUAAGGGGCUGGCACUAAGGACGCGACCCUACCCAGGGAUUGGAUAGCACCUCACCGGAUGCUGCCAACCGCAGCCAAGAGUUGUCCCCCCCCCGACUCUAGUGCUCAUAUGUGCACCAGAUACGCUCUCCGUCCCCUUCAGGCAACUUGAUGGAUCCCUCUGUUCACCACAGCUGACACAUCAUGGCCAGGCACAAUUACCAUCACCGUAAAGCAUUAGCACAGAACAACAGGAUUAGCCUCUGUGACUGAAAGUGGAUCAUCGGCCCUUUCUAAUAAUUCGUUGGCUGAGUUGGACCUCCGGGACACACGCCAUCCACUUCUCCAGGCCUCUUCAUACAGACCUUCCAACUGACCAUGUGAGUUGGCUGGCGAUAAGCAAAGGUAGAGGCAUGAGUCAAGUCUGACACUGGAGAUGCCGAAGAGACGAGACAUCGUCGCCAUCAUUUUGAUUGUGUUGCCUUGGACACUGCUCAUUACUGUUUGGCACCAGAGUGCCAUCACUCCUCUACUCUCGACAAGAAAGGAGGACAGACGGGAUGGCCGCUCCAACUCCCGGAAUACUUUCGCCCUCAAGGACUCCUGCUCCCUUCAGAACAGGGACAUCGUGGAGGUCAUGCGCACCGAGUAUGUCUACAGCCGGCCCCCGCCGUGGUCCGACGUCCUGCCCACCAUACACGUCAUCACUCCCACUUACAGCCGGCCCGUGCAGAAGGCAGAGCUCACACGUUUGGCAAACACCUUGCUGCACGUGCCCAACCUGCACUGGAUCCUAGUGGAGGACUCCCAGAGGACAACCACUUUGGUCGUCCGUCUCCUCCACGAGACAGGACUCAACUACACCCACCUGAAUGUGGAGACGCCCAGGAACUAUAAGGUACGAGGGGACACUCGGGACCCCCGAAUACCUCGGGGUACCAUACAGAGGAACCUGGCCCUGCGGUGGCUCAGAGAAACCUUCAGCAUGAACAGCAGCCAGCCUGGGAUUGUCUACUUUGCAGAUGAUGACAACACGUACAGUCUGGAGCUGUUUGACGAGAUGCGUUCGACCAAAAAGGUGUCGGUGUGGCCCGUGGCCUUUGUGGGGGGGCUACGAUACGAGUCACCAAAAGUAAACAAACUGGGCAAGGUGUACGGCUGGAAGACUGUGUUUGACCCACACCGGCCCUUCGCCAUCGACAUGGCUGGGUUCGCUGUGAACCUGCGCCUCAUUCUAUCCAAACCUCAGGCUUAUUUCAAGCUGCGUGGAGUGAAGGGGGGUUAUCAGGAGAGCAGUUUGUUGAAGGAGCUGGUCACUCUCAGCGAUUUGGAGCCUAAAGCUGCUAACUGUACAAAGGUAUUAGUAUGGCACACACGGACAGAGAAGCCUGUGCUCGUAAAUGAGGGCAAGAAGGGAUUUACAGACUCUAAUGUGGAGAUAUGACAUUCUUCAUCUGACACAGGGGAUUUCUCCGUUGGAUUCACAUUGGAUUCAGAACAACCUCAGAGUUCCUUCCCGUAAUAUCACGGGAGCUAAAAUAUCAUCACAGCACAGUACAGUAGCCGUACUUCACCAAUGGAGGCACAGCUGUCCGCCCCAGAAGGCAGCCCUCACCGUGAGCUCGAACAGACCAGUAUCAAAGCACAGCGGCAAGAAAGAGCACUGACUGAUGCAAGACAUCGGCAGGAGUUGUGCCCACUGAGGUUUUCUCGGAGAGCAUAAACAAAGGAUGUUACGUGAUUUUAACUGCAAGAAGAGAUGGCACGGCAAGCAAUAAAGAGCCCUCUGAGCGCAGACCACACCAGCCAACCAUCCAGUCAGCACUAAAUAGGGCCCGUUUGUUAUGAGGCGGGCUGGCUGUCGGGCACAGGGCUGCUUGGAAGAACGAAAGGGGCCCUUGUCUUAAGUUAGUCAGCACUGACUGACAGACUGCAAUGAGGGGAUCUGAGCCUCCCCCCAACACACUUGUACUGUACAACACUGAGCUAUUUAGAUAGCAUCCUGAACCCAGCACUAAUUAGGAGUCCUGUUACUCCACAGUAACACAUGCUCAGCUGUCACACUGCACAAAGGGGAGUACACGGAAACACAUGCACUGAAAACCACCGAGCAUUGAUUUAUUACAGUAUAACAGCAUAAUUUACACCAAGCUCCUGUUUAUUUCUGACAUGCUGUAACACUACUGAGGUCUUCUCAUAUUAAAAAGAGGAUUCAGUAUCCCUAGCGUCCCGUUCACCUUACAAUUCCGCCAUAAGCUAAUUAAGAUUAUAAUGGUUACUGAUGAUUU